AAGUCCUUUUCCUCAGAUUCAGAAACAAUUCUCAAUCUUUAAUCCAUAUUUAAAUCAUUCCCAGGAUUUGAAUCUUUCCAUAUAUAUAUAUAUAUAUAUAUAUAUAUGUCUCCCAUUAAGCUGUCCAAAUGGUUUAGUUUUACAGCUUCAAGGGAUUGGUUCUACCGCUAUUCCUUCACCAGUGCAGGCCUCUCUUCUGUCACUACAAAUCUGGGGGAUGGCACAGUCAUGCAUUGUUGGGUCCCCAAAAUCCAUAAACAUUCCAAGCCCACGUUGCUUCUCAUCCAUGGCUUCGGUGCCAAUGCAAUGUGGCAAUAUGGGGAGCAUCUCCGCCACUUUACAACACGGUUCAACGUCUAUGUCCCGGAUCUUCUUUUCUUUGGCCGCUCAUUCACUUCUAGGCCUGAGCGUACCGAGUCUUUCCAAGCAAGUUGCGUGAUGAAGCUAAUGGAGGCGCAUGGCGUGCUGAGAAUGAGCUUGGUUGGGAUAAGCUAUGGCGGGUUUGUGGGGUAUAGCAUGGCAGCGCAGUUUCCAGAGGCUGUGGAGAGGGUGGUGUUGUGUUGUGCUGGUGUGUGCUUAGAGGAGAAGGAUAUGGAGGAUGGUUUGUUUAAGGUUUCGGAUUUGGAUGAGGCUGCAAGCAUUUUAUUACCACAAAAACCCGAGAAGCUAAGGCAAUUGAUAAGCCUUUCGUUUGUCAAACAAGCUAGGUUUAUGCCCUCUUGGUUCCUCUCAGAUUUCAUUAAUGUGAUGUGUAAAGGGUUUGUUGAAGAAAGGAGAGAAUUGAUUCAGACAGUACUCAAAGAUCGUUCACUUUCCGACCUUCCUGUGAUCAAACAGCCCACACUAAUAAUUUGGGGAGAGCAAGAUCAGAUAUUCCCUUUGGAAUUGGGGUACAGAUUAAGAAGGCAUGUGGGGGAAAAUGCACAGUUGGUCAUUAUCAAGAACGCAGGCCAUGCAGUCAACCUAGAAAAGCCCAAGGAGUUUGUCAAAAAUUUAAAACUCUUUCUGCUUGGUUGACAUUCACCCCCUUCCUCUACCUAUUUUCUGGUAGCAAUUCCACAAAAGCAAUUA